UCUCUCUCUCUCUCUCUCUCUCUCUCUCUCUCGUUCAUGGCGGGGAGGAUGGAGAGGAGUCGGGGGCGAUGCCGAUGCAGGACGGCGCUGCUGCUGCGGCUUGUCGUCGUCGGCGUGUGGCUGCUGCAAGGAUGCAUCGCGCAGGGGGAAGGCGUGCUCACGCGGGGGAGCUUCCCGGACGGAUUCGUGUUCGGCACCGCCUCCUCCGCUUACCAGUACGAGGGGGCUGUGAAGGAAGAUGGGAGAGGAAAGACAACCUGGGACACGUUUGCGCACACUUUUGGCAAGAUAGUCGACUUCAGUAAUGCUGAUGUUGCAGUUGAUCAGUACCACCGCUUCGAGGAGGACAUACAGCUCAUGGCAGACAUGGGGAUGGACGCGUACCGGUUCUCGAUUGCCUGGUCGAGGAUUUUACCAAAUGGUAUUGGCCAAGUCAAUCAGGCUGGCAUCGACCACUACAACAAACUGAUUGACGCACUGCUAGCAAAAGGAAUUGAGCCGUAUGUAACCCUCUACCACUGGGACCUGCCCCAGACCCUUGAAGACAGGUACAACGGAUGGCUUGACAGGCAGAUAGUCAACGAUUUGGCUGCUUACGCCGAGAUAUGCUUCAAGGCUUUCGGAGACCGUGUGAAGCAUUGGAUCACGCUCAACGAGCCGCACACGGUUGCCAUUCAGGGCUACGACGAUGGGCUUCAAGCGCCAGGGCGCUGUUCCUUGCUGCUCCAUCUGUACUGCAAGGCAGGUAAUUCAGGCACCGAGCCCUACAUCGUCGCCCACAACUUCAUCUUAGCUCAUGCAACGGUUUCAGACAUUUACAGAAGGAAUUAUAAGGCUACUCAGAAUGGGGAGCUUGGAAUAGCAUUUGACGUCAUGUGGUUCGAGCCGAUGACAAAUACUACAAUUGACAUUGAGGCUGCCAAAAGAGGGCAAGAGUUUCAACUAGGAUGGUUUGCGGAUCCAUUCUUCUUCGGUGAUUACCCGGCGUCCAUGAGAUCACGGGUUGGGGACAGGCUCCCCAAGUUCACAGAAGACGAGGCUGCCCUUGUCAAGGGAGCUCUCGACUUUGUGGGCAUAAACCACUACACCACUUACUACACCAAGCAUAACAGCACCAACAUCAUCGGCCGCCUGCUGCACAACACUCUGGCGGACACCGGAACCAUCAGCCUCCCUUUCAGGAACGGGAAACCGAUCGGUGACAGGGCCAAUUCGAUAUGGCUGUACAUUGUGCCCAGCGGGAUGAGGAGCCUGAUGAACUACGUCAAGGAAAGGUACAAUAACCCACCAAUCUACAUAACCGAAAACGGGAUGGAUGACGGCAAUGGCCCUUUCACCUCCAUCAAGGACGCGCUCAAGGACAGCAAGCGGAUCAAGUACCACAACGACUACCUCACCAACCUCGCCGCCUCCAUAAAGGAGGACGGAUGCGACGUCCGCGGGUACUUCGCGUGGUCGCUGCUGGACAACUGGGAGUGGACGGCCGGGUACUCCUCCAGGUUCGGGCUCUACUUCGUGGACUACAAGGACAACCUCAAGAGAUACCCCAAGAGCUCGGUGCAGUGGUUCAAGGCCCUGCUGAGCUCUAAGUAGUAGCUGAGGGCUGGAUGUACAUUGCUUCGUCUCGCAUAGCCAUUUCUUCUUCAGGCCAGGCCAUCAGAUCGUGUAGACAAAAUGUGUUAGUGCUGGACCCAUUUUAAUUCAGAGAGGAAAUAUACACAUACAGAAUCACAAAAGAAUGAUCUGAUGAACAGCGAGCGAGUGCACACACGCUGUGGUAGGAAAAAGGACAAAUCUGGCAAGCGGAGGAGGCUGUGCCGAACGCGAUCCCAAGGGAAGCUGACCCUCGUCGCUUCGUGAGCUCGCGGCCGCCGCAGCCAGGGAAGAUACUGCGGCCUCAACGCCGAGUCCACGCGUCCCCCGCUCUCUUGUCUCUGUACCAUCCAUGAGGACGAUGACUGCGCGAGCGAUGUGGACUCCAGGGGACCUGCCGAAUGGACACCUAUGGAUUGUACUCCUAAAUCUGUAGAGAGAUGUCAAAGAGACCCUCCAAUUAUUUUUUAUCUGA